GAAAAAAAAAGAAAAAAAAGUGAGAAAUUGGUAACGAGGAAAGAAAGAACCACAGAUAAAAAAAAUAAAAUAAAAUAAAAUAAAGAAAAAGCAAAGAAAAUUAAAACAAAAUAAAGACAAGAAGGAAAGAAAGAAAACAAAGAUAAUAAGAGAACAACAACAACAACAACAACAACAACAACAACAACAACAACAACAAAUAAAAAAAUAAUUAAUCCCGUGAAUUUUAGUGGAAAAAAUAAUAAGAAAAUAAACAAAAAAGAAAAAAAGAAAGAGCAAUUAAGAAAAUAAUCACUUAAAGGAAUUAACUCGCAACGUCUAAACAAAAGGUGGAGGCGGCCGGUUAUGCCCUUCUUGCACGGAGAUGAGACCCCAUCAGCUCUGCCAGGUGGGGUCGCGGCGGUGUGAUGGACUUCCAUGUGGCUGUACCCGGCCCCUUCACUUACCUGGUCCACGAGCACGCCCGCUCCAUCAUCGCCAUCCAGGAGCUGCAGCAGGAGGUGACGUCGCUGCUGGAGUUCCGUGACCAUGUGCUGGAGGCGCUGCCACACCUGCACCACACCCGCCCCUUCCACUCCCUCACGCCCGCCCCCACCCAUGACCCGCCGCCCGCGCCCCGCCCCGCCCCGCCCCCCACCACCCGGGCAGAGUCGUCGCCCUCCAAGGCCGCCCACGCCCCCCUGAGCGGCGGCGAGGGCGCGCGGCAGCCGCGGGCCAUCUCUGCGGGCGGGGGCGGCGGGGGCGGUGGCAACAGCAGCAGCAGCAGCACGGGCGGCAAGUCCCUGAGCGAGACGCACAGCAGCUCUGCGGUGGCGGACAGCGGCUUCAGCACGGACAAGGCGGGGGGCAGCAUGGGCAAGAGCUCCUCCUCCUCGGCGGGAGACCAUCUCUCAGGGGCCGACGACCCCCGCUGGACCUCCGUGGAGCCUGACCUGCCCCUGGGCUCCGCCGAGGACGAGUUGUGGCACCUGCUGGACGUCAUCCAGCGCAAGGGCACGCGCCUGCGCCACGAGCUGGAGCGCGCCGAGCGGUGCGAGAGAGACAGGCUGUCUGCGGGCCCGGCGGGAGGCGCGCAGGGGGCGCCGCACCACCACCACCACCACCACCACCCUGCUGCUCCCGCCUCAGACCCCUUGUCCUCGCCUCGCCACCCGCAUCCCGCCGCCGCCAGGGACUACUGGCCCCACUCCCUGCCGGGGCCCACCGCCGCGGACCUGCUGCCGCCCCCGCCGCCGCCGCCCCCAGUCGGCGUGGCCCUGGAGGCGGAGGCGUGGGCGGCGGUGGAUCGGCUACGGCAGGACCGCCAGUACUUGAUAGGGCGCGUGGGGUGGGCGGAGGCGGAGGCGGCGGCGUCCCAUCAGCGGCUAGUGGACCUGCACGGGCAGCUGCUGGCGCUGGCGGGGGACAAGCGGCGACUGGAGGAUCAGGUGCGCGCCCUCAGGCUGGACGCCGCGCGCCCCGAACCCCUGCUGCCCGCCGCCGCCGCUGCCGCCGCCGCCUCCUCCUCCAGCACCCUCAGUACGCAGGGCGGCGUACACACUGUGACCAUCGUGGCGGACCACGCCGCCACUACCACCACCACCACCACCAGCAGGGCCGCGACGCCCCUCCCCCGCCGUCACCGUCAGCGUGGCGGGCUCUGA